AUGAUCAAGAUUCUCGGUGGACUUGGAUCCGAUUACAAAGCAAUUGGUGCAGCUAUUUGUGCUCGAGAUAUUCCUAUCACCUAUGAAGUGUUGUUUGACAAACUCUCCGAUCAUGAAAUCUUUCGAUACAUGAUGAGGUCAAGAAAGAUCCCACCCCUAUCAUCGCCCAAUUUCAUCGGUGUAGCUACCUCAAUCGACAUCGUGGAGGUAGCAACCAUAAUAACUCGACCUCCUACAACAAGUCGAGGGGUAGUCAUCAUAACACCAAGCAACUCAUCACUCUCUUUGCAUUCAAAGUAUUACUCACCGGAUCAUCGCAACUCCCAAUGGCAAUCUCCUCCUUUGCGGACCAAUAAACACAAGGUGCGAGUGCCAAAUAUGUGA